AUGGCCAGUUGGGUAAGGAGCCCGCAGCCUCAUCCCCAUCUCCACUCUCAUCAAUCUUUCAACAAGCGGCUGCUAAUUCAACCGCAAAGUCGUACUUUCAGGCUUUCAAAUUCCCAUCGCCAUCUUCGGAGGAGAAUUUACUGUAACUAUGAUGACGAUGCCACCAAGAAACAAUCACAACCGCAAGCUCCACAGCCGACUGGGAUUCAGCUCUACUCUGAGAUUGAGAGAUUACUUACAGAGACUGUGAGGCAAUCCCAAGGUCGCUGGGCUGGUUCAAGCGACUGGACUCAAGUGGAGGGGGCAUGGGUUCUCAAACCAAAAACCUCAGAACCCAAGGCCGUUGUACAUUUUAUUGGUGGCAUAUUUGUUGGAGCUGCCCCUCAACUUACCUACCGCAUGUUUCUAGAGCGCCUCUCUGAAAGGGGUAUUUUGGUGAUUGCAACACCAUAUGCUAGUGGAUUUGAUCACUUCUUCAUUGCAGAUGAAGUCCAAUUCAAAUUUGAUCGGUGUUAUCGGUUCCUUAAAGAGACGGUUCAAGAUCUUCCUACUUUCGGCAUUGGCCAUUCUUUGGGAUCUGUCAUCCACCUUCUGAUCGGUUCAAGAUAUGCUGUUCAAAGAAAUGGGAAUGUGUUGAUGGCAUUCAAUAACAAGGAGGCAAGCUCAGCUGUUCCUCUGUUCUCACCUGUUCUUGUUCCAGUGGCUCAAGGCCUCGGACCAAUUUUAUCACAGAUUGCAUCAUCACCAACAGUCCGCUUUGGGGCAGAAAUGACUUUGAAGCAAUUUGAAAACCUUAGCCCUCCCAUCAUGAAGCAAGUUCUUCCUUUAGUUGAGCAGCUCCCUCCCUUGUAUAUGGACUUAGUUAAGGGAAGAGAAGAUUUUGUUCCAAAACCUGAAGAAACUCGGCGACUUAUAAAAUCAUACUAUGGUAUUUCCAGGAAUCUUCUGGUGAAGUUUCAGGAUGAUGCAAUUGAUGAGACUUCAAUAUUAGCACAGUUGCUAAGUUCAGAUUCAGCCAUCAGUUCUAUGCUAGACAUGUCAAUUCGCUUAUUGCCUGGAGAUCACGGGCUUCCUUUGCAACAGGCUCUCCCAGACGUGCCUCCAGCAAUGGCAGAUGCAGUAAAUCGUGGAAGUGAGAUUUUGGCCAAUCUCACCGUGGGGACACCAUGGGAGACAGUUGCUAAAGAAGUAGGCAACUCAUUAGGCGUGGAUUCAAAGAUCCUUCGUGCAGAAAUAUCUAAAGACAUAGGCCUGCUUGUGGAUGUGGUUGUAUCUUGGAUAGCUUCCAACACAGGUCCAAAGCUUUUGAAGCCGUGA